AUGGCGCCAAGGAAGCCAACGGCCAGUGCAAGGAACCGAAUAGGUGCCGCUGGCAAGAGAAGACUUGAGGAUGACGGCCUUGUCUCAGGAGCUCGUGCGAAACGACAGAGGACACUGGUGAGCACCCAUCCUCUCAUUCAUUUUCAAGCUUCCGGGCCUGCGCCGCCAUCCGCAAGACAGCCCAGCACCGCACUCCCCGCUCUCAACCAGAGACCCACCCGAUGCUUGAACAUCUAUGUGCUCGGCGCGAACAGUGGCGGCGAGCUUGGGCUGGGGCCAUCUGUCAAGUCUGGGAACGUCGCUAAACCCCGUCUCAACCCGUAUCUCUCUGGCUCUGUUGGGGUUGUGCAGGUCUCUCUCGGUGCCAUGCAUGGCGUCGCUCUUACAUACGAUAACCAGAUCCUGACCUGGGGCGUCAAUGACCACGGCGCACUCGGACGUGACACGUCCUGGGAGAGCAAUCUUGUGGACGCAGAUACCGGCGACAGCGAUAGUGAUGACGAGGGAGAGCUCAAUCCCAGAGAAUCCACCCCAACACCGGUCGACAUGAGUGCUGUCCCUCCGGGCACCAUCUUCACACAGGUGGCAGCCACCGACAAUGCCACGUUUGCGUUGACCAGCACUGGCCGCGUGUACGGAUGGGGCACUUUCCGAUCAGAGGACGGCAAACUAUCCUUCUCACCAACCGUCCAAGUGCAAUCCCGGCCAGCUCUCAUCCUCCUCGUCAAGAACGUUGUCAAGAUCUGCUGCGGGAGCAACCACGUCAUGACUCUUACUGCCGAUGGCUUCGUGUACACCUGGGGGAAAGGAACCGACGGCCAGCUGGGCCGCCGCUUUUCCCCGAGGAUCGUUGAUUGGGCGAAGGAAGGACUUCUUCCUCGCAAGGUCGCUGGCUUGAAGAACGUGAUUGAUAUCGGGAGUGGCUCCAACCAUUCCUUCGCCGUCGAGCGCACCGGCCUAGUGUACGGCUGGGGCUUCAACAACGCCGGCCAAAUCGGCGUCGCCGACAAUGCGGGCGAGUAUGAGUCGGCGUACGGUUUCGCCCUUACCGUUGCUGUUCCGAGUCUCGUCAGGAGUUUGGUGGGCCUGCCGCCCAUCAAGCAGAUUACAGGAGGCAACUUUCACAGCAUUGGUGUUACCGAGGACGGAAGGUGUCUCACUUGGGGCCGUCUCUAUUCAUUUGCCACGGGGCUCAAGAUCGAUACUCUGCCUCCUCAGCUCGUUGUCCUCGACUCGCGAGGCAAACCGAGCUUUCUGAGGGUUGCGACAACGGUCGAAGGACUCUCACCCGCUUGCGUGGCAGCCGCGAGCGAACACAGCCUCGCAGUCACCAUAGAUGAAAAAGUAUACACCUGGGGUCUCAACCUGACCAAGCAGAUCGGCCACAAGGAGGAAGAAGUCGAGGUCCCAACUCUGCUUGCCCAUCCUUCCAUUGCAGGCAAAAGGAUUCUCUGGGUUGGCGCAGGUGCUCAGUACAGCAUGCUCGGAGAGCUGGCCGGCUCCGAAUUGAAUUGA